AUGCAGAUCUUUGUUAAGACCCUUACCGGCAAGACCAUAACCCUCGAGGUUGAGAGUUCCGACACGAUUGAUAAUGUAAAAGCAAAGAUUCAGGACAAAGAAGGAAUUCCACCGGACCAGCAACGAUUGAUCUUCGCCGGAAAGCAGCUCGAGGAUGGUCGUACGUUGGCAGACUAUAACAUCCAAAAGGAGUCAACUCUCCACCUGGUCCUCCGUCUUCGUGGAGGUAUGCAAAUCUUCGUGAAGACCCUGACCGGAAAAACCAUCACUUUGGAGGUGGAGAGCUCCGACACAAUCGAUAAUGUUAAGGCGAAGAUCCAGGAUAAGGAAGGAAUCCCACCAGACCAACAACGUUUGAUCUUUGCCGGUAAGCAGCUAGAGGAUGGUCGCACGCUGGCGGAUUAUAACAUCCAAAAGGAAUCGACCCUGCACCUUGUUCUCCGUCUUCGUGGCGGUAUGCAAAUUUUUGUCAAGACCCUGACGGGAAAAACCAUUACUUUGGAGGUGGAGAGUUCCGACACAAUUGAUAAUGUGAAGGCUAAGAUUCAGGACAAGGAGGGCAUCCCACCGGACCAACAAAGACUCAUUUUUGCUGGAAAACAACUUGAAGAUGGAAGGACACUGGCCGAUUACAAUAUCCAAAAGGAGUCCACCCUGCACUUGGUCCUCCGUCUUCGGGGUGGCAUGCAAAUCUUCGUGAAGACCCUGACUGGAAAAACCAUCACUUUGGAGGUGGAGAGUUCCGACACAAUUGAUAAUGUGAAGGCAAAGAUUCAGGACAAGGAGGGCAUCCCACCAGACCAACAGAGGCUCAUUUUUGCUGGAAAACAGCUCGAAGAUGGACGAACACUGGCAGAUUACAACAUCCAAAAGGAGUCCACAUUACACUUGGUCCUCCGCCUUCGUGGUGGCAUGCAGAUCUUUGUGAAGACCCUAACUGGAAAAACCAUCACCUUAGAGGUGGAGACCUCUGACACAAUCGACAAUGUAAAGGCAAAGAUACAAGACAAGGAGGGCAUCCCACCGGACCAGCAGAGGUUGAUAUUUGCCGGGAAGCAGCUUGAGGAUGGAAGGACUCUCGCGGAUUACAACAUCCAGAAGGAGUCCACUCUGCACCUUGUGUUGAGGCUCAGGGGUGGAUUUUAA